GAACGUCAACUUCAAUUCUCGACUUUAACUGUCAAAUCUAAACUACAUCAAAAUAAUCCUUACUUCCUGACCAAAACAAAGUAAUUUACAUUAAAUAUCGCAAUGGAUUUGCAUUUCUAUGAUAACAAAUUAGUAAAUCAUAAGUUAUUUAGAGAUUUGAAAGCCAGCCUUUCAGAUGAUACCAGUGGAAAGUUGAAAAAUUUGCUCGAACUCCGUGAUGAUGUGCUUUAUGUUUGGAACUCAACUGAAAACUGUUUGUUCUCCUUGAACUUGAAGCAUCUGGAAGAAAAUGGAGACGAGACCCCGUAUCAGCAACUACACUUCCUGACUCCCCCUUCAUUCGAGGUGGAACGGGUGAUGAUGAGCAGCUGUGGUAGCAGAAUCUGCGUCUGGGGUACUCAAGGUGUCACUAUAGCUGAACUACCUUCGAGAUGGGGUCGCGGUGGACUCUUCGAUUCUGGCAGUCAAACCGUGCUUUGCAAGAGCUAUAGUCUGGACGAGAAAUUCCUGUACACGACUGGCGAGAUUCGCAGGGUCCACUGGCAUCCGAUAUCUCUAUCACACGUACUGGUCUUAGUCUCCAAUAAUGCGAUCAGACUGUACAAUGUAACCUUGAAAACCGGUCCGAAGCUGGUGAAGACAUACUCUAUUGGUCCGAAACCGACCAGCCUCCUCGCCGGCAAGACGAUUCUGGACAGUCUCGGAGACACUGCAGUGGAUUUCACGCCGACGCCUGACGCGGAGCACAUCCUGAUCCUGAGGGGCGAUGGAGAAAUUUACAUGAUGGACUGUGAUCUGACUAAUAAAAGUCCACUCCAGCCGAAGCUCGUUGGACCCCUCGCCAUAUAUCCCCCUGCGGACGACAAUUACGGCUCGGACUCUUGCUGCAUCCUGUGCAUGGGGGGCAGCGACAUCCCCCCCCUGGUCGUCAUCGCGACUUCCUCGGCCGCUCUGUACCACUGCUUGCUGCUACCAAAUAGCGAGAAAGAAGAGAGCGACAGAGACGGCUACGCUCUGUACGUGGUGGAGACCGUGGAGUUGGACGUGGUACCGGAGCCCGACGCGGAGCCCUACCCCGUGCAGCUGAUCAAGUGCACGGACGACACGUACGCGUGCGUGCACGCGGCGGGCGCGCACACCGUCGCGCUGCCCGUGCUCGCCGCGCUGCGACACUACGCGCGCGCACCCGACGCGGAGGGGGAGGCGGCGGCGCUGUGCGUGACGUCAUCGCGCGCCGCGCACGUGCUGCGCGGGGGGCUGCGGGGCGCCCGCCCGGCCCGCCGCGCGCUGCCUGUGCUACUGCUACUGUGCCGAGACGGCUUGCUGCUCUCCCGCCCCCUGGCGCCGCUGUGCUCGGACGACGAGCUGUAUAAGGAGAUGCAGCUGAAGAACCCCGCCCUAGAGCUGGACGAAAUUAACGCCAUUUUAAAAGAGAGACAGAAGGUGUCGUUCACGGCCAUCAUACAGGAAAUCCUCGCCCGGGAGGCGUCGCAGCCCCUGCUGCAUCUGGACCGCCGCGCCGAGCCCGGGCCCCGGGACUGUCUCGAGCUGGUGACGCAGGCGACGCUGGCGCUGCGCGGCGAGUACGUGCGCCGCCAGCAGCGCGCCGCCGCCGCGCUCGCCCGCAAGCUGCACGCGCUGGGCGCCCUCGCGCGCCAGUACCGGGACUGGGCCGCCGACCUGCAGAAUGAGUUGGAGCAGGCGAGGCAGCAGUCUGCUGCGCUCCGGGAGAAGUGCAUAGUGGCGGAGACGCGCCAGGAGGAUCUCAACAACAGAUGCUCGGCGGUGUUGCGGCAGCUGCGGCAGAGCGCAGCAGUGUCGGAGGCGGAGGGCGCGCUGCUGGAUGAGCUGCGGCAGCACGCGCGCACGCACCGCCGCGCGCUGCCCCGCCUGCACGCGCUGCGGGAGCGGGCACGCACGCACGCCGCGCAGAUGGAGAAAUGGCGUACGGAGUACAAGAAGAAGGACAUCGCCCUGGGCCGGUCGCACAGCGAGACCAUCUCCUCCGUCCUGCAGCAGCAGACGGCGCAGAUAGCGACGCUGAUCGAAGAGACCAAGCUGCUGCGGGACCAGCUCAGCCUCGUGUAGCGGCCCCGCGGCGUUCCCGCAACAAACAACACCUUGCUGAUGUCCGCGGUCAGACCAACACUACGAGUACACUCUACAUUAACAUCAAUUUUAAAUAUAACUGUAUUCUGUCAGUGUCCCUUCACACCAUAAGGAGACUGUGAAUUCUUCAUUGAUUAUUUGUAAUCGAAAAUCAUUAGUGAUGUUAAGCGCGUAGAAAUAUCCGAGAUGUCGAACAAUCAAAUCAAAUUGCGACCCUAAUGACUGAAGCCCCAAGGCUCACAUUCCUGUUACAUGCCCUUCUCAUGUCCAUUAUUGAUGAUUUGAAAAAACCAAAAACUAUUAAACGUGGCUGAAAGUCGUCUGACGAAUAGUUGCGACACAUACAUCGCGCGCCGCGUCCAUUGCCGGCCCAGUACCGAGCGCACUGCGCGCUGUCGAGAUCAACGACGCAGUGGAAACAAAACUGUCCGAAGCGGUUUUAUUUGUUAUAUUUUAGAAGUCACGUCCUUACUGUCUUAUUCAAGUGUCUUAAUGGAUGGGUCUGUGGGCCGCUCAACAACGGUCGAACCGUGCGUGUUGACGCCAGAAAAUAAUUAUAAUUAAAAGUGAAAAAGAAGACAUGAGUGGAUGAAAGGGAUAUGAUACAAUUUGUUAAUUUUGAGAAAACGGGCAACAAACUUUUGUUACCGUAAAAUGGGGGGAAUUAUGACAAUUUUUAAGUUCAACAUUGAUUUGUAUCGUUUUUUUUUUUGUGUAACUAUAUUAAUAAAACAGAGAUCACAAUGGUUCCAGUGGCUUAAAUUUUCAUUUAUAAUGCAUUACGAUAUAGCUGAUAUUAACAUUAUCAUAAAAAGUUACAAAAACUAACUUUUCCCUAUUCACCCAGGCGUCGGGUGAAUCGGGUCGCUUAAGGGGUUAUUGUGGCACUAUUUACUUGUUAGGUAGGUACCUAAAUUUAGGUAAUAAAUUUUUUAAUAUCAUUAAUGAGUUACAAAACUUUGAUGACUAGAUUAAACUGCUUAAUAUUCAUGAACACUAAAUAAAAGUUAUUUUUAAUUCAACAAAGUUAAAUCUCUAAUAACUCAACAAAAGUAUUGUGACAUCCCAGAUUUGUCCGUUUUCCCCCCAAUCUACUGUACUUGUACAUAACUCUUUCAUCACAUGCAAUUUCUAAAAAUAGCUUUUAAACCCAGAGGUUUAAGGUCUAAUAUGACUUAUUGGCACAUAACACCUUCAUUCAAUGUAAAAACUUAAAAAUCUUAAAAACGGUACUUAACCCCUUCAUCCACUCGUGUCUUCAAUGGUAUUAGUUUGUGUUCUUGUGAUUUUAGUAUUAUCGAAACAAUAUAAUUAAACAUUUGUGAUUGUGGCUUUCUGUUUGUUAAAUAAAGUAUUUUGAUGAAUAUG